AUGGAUGGAGGGGGCAGCUACUUGCCCAACAAUCCUGCCUUUCUGCAACAGGAUCCUUGGAGGGUUGCCUUCAGCCCUCUCGGAUGCGAGGAAGAAGAAGCCCAAGAUCAGCUGGAUGAAGGCGGCACACCUGUUGAUCUCAACAUCAACACUUUCGGAUUCUCUGCCGCAGACAUGGAACCCUUAACCAGCCUCUUCUCCUUCAGUACCUGCUCAUCCCCUUACAAAGAGCAAUCAUCUUUUAAAAAUCCUGAUUCGAAUGAUGUUUACGUCAUGAAACAUGCCUUGGUGCACAGCAACGGCACUACUAUUGGCAGCCCCACCUCGACUGGUCAAACGAUUUUAUCCGGUGGGCAGUUCUCGCCUAUUGGAACGAUGGCUCAUAACCUUUAUAACCAAAGUUUUCCUCGAAAUAUCUCCUUAGAAUCUAGUCUGUGUUCUCCAAACGGCACCCAAGGUUUGUCUCUCGGUGGUCAGACAGUACCAGCCUCCACCGUCGCUUACAACUCCUAUCCUCAAAUUCAGGUGUCCAGCACUGGGAAUGCCGGGGGUGGAGGAGUGUUCUAUGCUGGGGACUUCAGCACUUCUCCAACAGCGACGCAGAGUGCCGUGUUCCCCACAUCGAUGAGCGUCAACCUUUCUAUGAACAUGACGAUGGGUGUGCCCAACUUUGCCGAUCACUUUGUUGGCACGGCAACAUCGUCCGUUCCGGCCAAUCACGUUCAGUGGACGGUGCCACCCGCGCAGUACUCCACAAAUGGUCCGGCAACGAUGGUGUCUGGUUAUGGUCAGCCGGUGCAAAUGCAGUAUAAUGCCCAGUCUCCAACCCAGUCAUCUGGUACUUACACUUUCACCGCCGAAUUUCGUCCGGCCGACACAACAACCCUGCCACUGCCGUCCAUUGAAAGGGACUUCACCAACUGCCCCUCCACUUUCAAGACAUCAUUCUAUCCCUGCAAGCACGCGGCAGUCGCCGUACCAGCCGAGAGCACCACGCAGUCACCACUCAUCCUUAAAAACAAGCUCCGGACCAUCCCUACGGGCAGGGCGGCCUGUUUCCCAGCCUCCAAUCUAGUCCAACCUGACAGCCCCAUCCCCUCCGCCCACUCCAUCGAUGACGUCACAGACAGUCCAGUGGCCAUCAUCACGGACAACGACUCCAACUCGUCAGGAAAGAUGAACCUGUGCCAGAUCUGCGGCAAGACGUAUGCCAGGCCGAGUACGCUGAAGACGCACAUGAGGACGCAUUCCGGUGAGCGUCCCUACAGGUGCGGCACCUGCCACAAGUCUUUCUCUCAGGCUGCCAAUUUGACGGCGCACAUUAGGACGCACAGUGGUGAGAAACCGUUCCGUUGCCAUGUGUGCGACAGGAGGUUCUCACAGAGUUCGUCUGUGACCACCCACAUGAGGACUCACUCGGGUGAGAGACCGUACAGGUGUUACAUGUGCAAGAAGUCCUUCUCUGACAGCUCGACUCUCACCAAACACUUGAGGAUACACAGCGGCGAAAAACCCUAUCAGUGCAAACUAUGCCUGCUUAGGUUUUCACAGAGUGGGAAUCUGAACAGGCACAUGAGGGUGCAUGCAGGAUCUGUGUGAUACUAUAACUAGUCAUUAAACAAGUCAUAUACAGGGUGUUCAAAAUGGACCGAUCGUGAUAUUCUUUUAAGAAUGUUUGUAAAAAGCGAAAUAAGCAGAAAAAUAAUGUAAAUAAGGCAACGUGAAUUAAUAUUUAGAACUAAAAAGACCUAAUUGUUUUCAAGCUCUGGGCAAUCACGGAUGAGAGGCUGGGAUAGCCUGGUUGUUAGGGCCCAUUGCCCAAGAGGUCGUGGGUUCGACUCCAGCCUGCCGAAGACUACACAUGUAGUAAAUGGUGACUGAAGCACUUUAAAUCUGUCGAGUGUCCCCUCCAUGUUCCCAUAACAAAUC